CAUGAGAGAGUCUUUCAUUCACCGUGGAAAGCCUUUCACCAAUGCUAUCGACUAUGCAAGACCGCCAAUCCAAAUUCAAGUCGAAGUUCCAGCAGCGACAUAUCAUGUGAACAGGGACACGUUGACAACCAAUUCGGGAUUCUUCAGGGCUGGUCUUGGGGGAGAGUGGACUGAGGUCCAGACGCGUACUUUCAAAUUACCUGACGAUGAUCCAGAGAUCUUCAAUAUCUACCUGAAUUGGUUACAUUCUCGGCGAAUCAUGCUUUGCUAUGGACCAGAGGAAGACCUGGGGACCCAGAACCGGAUCAUCGCAUACUGAAAGCCUACGUCCUCGGUGACAAACUUCAUGACCAUGAUUUCCAAAGAUGCUGUCUGCGAUAUCCUGGCAAACAACAUGACUAUCAGUCAUGAGGGCGACUAUUUGUCGAGAUCGCACCCUUCCUUCAUAAAUUCUCCACACAAGAAGACAGCUGCAGAUUCCACAAUACGAAAGCUUCUUGUACACGAAGCUUGCACUUCUCAGGAUGGAGUUCGAGAAGACGACCAUCCCCGCUUCUGGUUUGAGUUUGCCCAAUAUACCUUCACUAGGCCCACUGAGUCGACCAUCGCGGCUGUCGCUCGCUGCGUGUUCCAUGAGCACGCCGAGGGAGCUGAGAACUGUUAUCGCAUAAAGUAUCGUGCUGUGUCUCUCCACGUUGCUUAGGAUUGAGAGACUUCAUUCGGCCGCUAGAGCUGAUGAACCGUACAGAUCUGUGAAUAAGCUCCGCACGGCAUGGUUGAUAUGGAAACAGCGAUGGUUUGCUAGCCUUCGAAGUUGUGCAGAUGCGUUCUGCGCGGCGAAGCGUGUCCGCCGACCAUGUGAGAGUGUUCGUUUUCGCACUCAUAACUAUCAUCUUACUUCAAGAGUUGGUGGCCAUCGGUGCG